AUGGUUCAAACCGUCUACCUCCUCUCUCCCCCGACGCCUCUCCGGCCGGUCUCCAAGCUCCCCGCAUCCUCCCCUUCGCCUUCUAUCGCUCGCAUCCGGCCCCGCAGCCUCCUCCCCCAUUCCUCACCCCGCCUUCGCCACCGUCUCCGCUUCCACGCUUGCGGCGCCUCCGCCGCCCCUCCUCCGUCGCCGGAUCUCGGCCUCCUUGUCUCCGAUAACGGCUCCGGCAACGUCGCUGCGGCGGCUGCGGCGGCCAUCGAUGUCGACGCUGUGACUGAGGCGGAGUUGAAGGAGAAUGGUUUCCGGAGCACCAGGCGGACGAAGCUGGUCUGCACGAUUGGGCCGGCCACGUGCGGGGCCGAGCAGCUGGAGGCGCUCGCCGUUGCUGGGAUGAACGUCGCGAGGAUGAACAUGUGCCAUGGUACGCACGAGUGGCAUCGACAGGUUAUCCGCCAGGUCAGGCGGCUUAACGAGGAGAAGGGGUUUGCGGUGGCGGUGAUGAUGGAUACGGAGGGUAGUGAGAUCCACAUGGGUGACCUUGGUGGCGCUGCCUCAGCCAAGGCCGAGGUGAGGUUAUCUGAUCCCGUCAACAAUAAAGCUGCUUCGUUCAUUGAUGGUGAAAUUUGGACAUUUAGUGUAAGAUCUUUUAACUCACCUCUUCCAGAACGUACCAUCCAUGUGAAUUAUGAUGGCUUUGCUGAAGAUGUCAAAGUAGGUGAUGAACUUCUUGUGGAUGGAGGAAUGGUCAGGUUUGAGGUGAUUGAGAAGAUUGGCCCAGAU